AUGUCCCAAAAAGUUUAUGUAGGAAACCUGGCAUGGACCACGACCGAUGAUUCGCUGCGAGAAGCCUUCUCGCAGUUUGGGCAAGUCCUGGAUACCAUUGUAAUGAGGGACCGCGAGACUGGGCGAAGCCGUGGAUUCGGUUUCGUCACGUAUGGCAGCGCGGCUGAAGCCAAUGCAGCUAUUGAAGGCUUGAACGAACGAGAACUCGAAGGGCGAAGGGUCAAGCUCAGUCUCGCCAACGCCAGGCCAAGUGGUGGUGAUGGUGGGGGCAUCUCGCACGGGGGAUCUGGCGGAUGGUAG